UGUCCACCGGGAGUCUGCUGCUCUCCGUGGUCUCGCUCUUUUCGCUCGUUUUCUCUUCUCCCCCUAUCGUUCUCCUUUUUCCGCCUUCGGCGUCUUGGUUCACCCUUUCCCCUCCGGUGGAAAAAGUCACCCUGUUCGGUUCGCGGGCCGGGGGAGAGGGAUGUCGGCCACAGGCCAGAGUGCAGUGCGGUGUGUACGCUUCCGACAAUGAAUAUUAACAUGGAACCGUGCGAUUCUAAGAACUAACUCGCGAACGACGACAGAGAAGGACGCAUCGAGAAGGAAACAGUGACCGUCGUUGAUUCGGCCGACGGUUCUUUCAAACGAUAUUGGGAUCGGUGUUUCGGCUACGAAGAAACGACCCGUCGCGAACAUGAGCUCGUUCCUGAUGAAUCCGUCCGCCGGCGGUGGAUACCAUCAUCACCAGCAUCAGCAAGCGGCAGGCACUCACCACUUGGCUGCCACCUCCGUGAUGGUGGACCCGAAGUUUCCACCCAGCGAGGAGUACAGUCAGAGUAAUUAUAUUCCGUCAACCGGAGCGGAUUUCUUCCCCGCUAGCGGCGGCGGUCAUCACCUGAAUCACCCGCAGUCCCAUCAGUUGCAGUACGGUUACCAUCAGCAUCAUCAUCAGGCGGCGUCCACUCCGUACGGGGCGUCGUCCGCCGUACAGUUGAACGGCGGUUACGCCGGCUACGGUGGCUACUACGGUCCCCAUCAUCCUCAUCACCAAGUGCACGCCGUUCACCAUGCCAGCCUGCAUUCUCAUCAUCACGCGGUCGGCGCGCUCGCGAUGCCACCGGAGGCCCAACAGCCGCCUCUCACGUGUCCAUCCUCGAUGCAGAACCAACAGCAACCGCAGCAGCAACCACCUGUGUCCGCGUCCACUGUCCUCGGCUCCACUCCCCUGUCGCCCGGCAUUAUGCAGAAUCACGUGCAGCCGCCGGACAGUCUUCAGCAUCAUCAGCAACAGAGCCAGCAGCAGCAGCCGACGCCGCACGAAACCAACGCCUGCAGCCCGGCCAGCUCCAGCCAGUUGCAUCGCGACAACUCGCCGGACCUUCAACAGCAACCGACGGCCGGCCAGCAGCAGUCCCAGCAUAUACAAAACGCGCAACAGCAACAGCAACAGAGCCAACAACAGUCGCAGCAUCACGUGGACGACGGCUCCGAUCAGGAUGACAUGGAGGACGAUCAGAUGAUGGACGGGUCGCCCGGUAUGAUGGAGGAGGACGACGACGACGAGGAGAACGGGGACCGUGUAAUUUAUCCGUGGAUGAAGAAGAUUCACGUUGCCGGUGUCGCAAACGGCUCGUACCAGCCGGGGAUGGAGCCGAAGCGACAGCGGACCGCGUACACGAGGCACCAGAUCCUCGAGCUGGAGAAGGAAUUCCAUUACAAUAGGUACCUGACGAGACGGCGACGGAUCGAGAUCGCUCAUACCCUGGUCCUGUCCGAGCGGCAGAUUAAGAUCUGGUUCCAGAACCGUCGCAUGAAGUGGAAAAAGGACAACAAGCUGCCGAACACGAAGAACGUACGGAGGAAGAACGCGAACGGUCAGGCGGCGCCGUCCGCGAAACCGUCCAAGACGACCGCCUCGAGGACGAAGCUGACCACCGGGAACAACAACAGCCAGAGGAAGAACAAUAACAACUCGCCGUCGAGCGGGAUCGAUAGCAGCCUGGACUCGAACGUCGGUCUGGACAUGGCCGACGUCCACGCGGUGAACGCGGCCCUUCCGCAUACGAACGUGGUCCAUCCGAGCUUCCAAGGUCACCCGCAUCCGCUCGCCCAUCUUCAGGCGCAGCUGAGUCAUCACCAUGUGAGCGGGAUGAUGGAGGGCCCGACGGGAGGGCCGCUGGGACACAUAGGCACCGGAAGUAUCAGUCCCCUCGCGCCAGCAACCAGCCCCUCCGGACUGUCGCAGGUCUCAGCGCCCAUACCGCCACCGGCGAUAAAGUCCGACUACGGUCUCACGGCGCUGUAACAUCCGUACGAGGAACCAGACUGUACCGGUCGACUGAUGCGUUUUCACGGGAGGCUCGUAGCCGUUGGCUCCUAGAGUCCUUUCGACGUCUUCUCCGCGACGGGAUCGCUCGGAAGCUACGGAGGAUCGAGACCAAGGCAGGGGGAGAACUUAAGUCAUUGCUGGCUGGACGAUUCAUCGCCGGAAGUGCCGGUCUCCAGGCUCGUACCAUGAUCUAGCAACUGAAUUUGCGGGGAUUGAUCGUUCGUGGCGGGAGAUCGCGUUGAAACGGUGAACCGAACCGCGCAGAGAAUGACCUGCAACUCGAGUUCCUCGCGAUCCUUCGUGUUGCCCUAUCGAACACAGCCGAGUCAUUAUUAUUUGGACGAUAUCCGAGACGAGAUCGAAAUAAAUGAGAUCGGUCAGCCAAUAGCGCUUCUUCCGUUGCUGGAAAUCUUUGUGUCUUGUGUCCUUCCAAUUCCUGAGACUGUGCCGAGGCACUUUGAUCGAAGACUGAGCGACGAAACAGUCAGGUAGAGGGCUGCAAAGUGGGAAGAGUUCGGGACUAUGGUGACUGGACGAUUAGUUCACGAGAGUACGGGGAGUAGUAGAAAAUUAGGCUCGAUUCUGAAUGGAAGUUGCGGACAUUGCAUGCAACGAUUAUUCGGUGAGCGAAUGGUAGAGAUUUUCGAAUUUUGGACCUCCCCUGCGACGUUCAAAAUUUUUCCGCGAAAUGGUCGAUAGUUCGGAGUUGCUUGAAACGGUUUAGCGAUCGAGGGAAGUUGGACGUCUCGCUCCCAGGCUGUCGAAGGUAAAUAGAGAUCCCCCGGAUCUUCCCGAGAACGUUCGGCCGUGACUUUUCGUUCGUCGAAUGCUGUGAUCCGAUAAGUAAUCACCCCCGCGAUCUGAACGUUUCCCGGUUCGUAGAGAAAGUCUCGUCGGUAGGGAACGACAAAAGGAAACCGACGUUCCACGGACACGUGAACUGUACAUAGAAAAUACCUGGGCACGCGCGUGUGUGUAUAUAGUCGUGUAAAGAAAGUCUUAUUGCUAUUGUGAUUAAAAUGCAUCGUAUUUCGUAUGUUAUUGCGUAAGUGUGCGGUCUUAACGUUUUAAGUGUUCGAUAAAAAAGGAACGGAACCGAACAAGAUUGUCGGGCGUAAGAGGUUUACGCGAUGAUCGGACGGAAGAACGGAGCUUAGAAGCGAAGAAUAGAGUACUCGGUAGAACAUUUGGCACUAGCUUCGUCGCGUGUUUAGCCGCGAUUCGAUAAAAAUAGAAGUCAUAGGCUCUUGUUCAGAAUUUUGUUCGUACGAUUCGACGUCGAGGAUUCGGUUAAUUUCAUCGCGCGAAUCGUUGCUCUUCGCUUGCGCGAGCGUUCUUUGCCGCUAGCUCGUUGGUUCGCGCGGAAAGUAGAUGUUUCCUGUAAUCGUCGGACACGGAGUGACGAGGAUCGUCGGUGACGGGCGCCAUUCCCCCGAAGUCUCGCUGUUCGGUUGGAAAUAGAAUUCGCGAACAGCGUUCGUUCGCGUCGCGCGUCCACGUUGUAAAUAUUUCACCGAGAUACAAUGUCUAUUUUUAUCGAGAAAGUAUAAAGAACGACCAAGUUAGUUGUAAAGGCUGGUACUGCGCCGUCGAACGGGGGGGGGGGAAAAAAAAAGAACCGGAAGCUGUACCGCGGAGACGAGUAGCAAUCAAACGAUUAAAUGCACAGAGUCGCUGUGACGAUAUACCAAAACGAUAUGUUUAUCAGAUUUAAUAUAGGAACGUAGAGGUACUAAGGAUUAUUAAGCGGCACGUUAAUUCUAAAGAACGAGACGGUGGGCGAGAAACGGGGCGAUCCUAGCGUAAUUUAGCGAGUUUAAGCAAACGAGCGCACGAGUUUACGAGAACGUUCUAUUAAGUGUGACAUUGUAUUCCUUGAUAUUCUAUCGAUAAUGUAUAUAGCCUGUACGAUAAGAACCGUAUUUGG